UCUAUGAUGACAGCAAUCUAAAGAUGGCUGCGUCCUCCUCAGCAGGACUCAUCUUGAGUCUUUGCAAAAAGUUGCAGAAUAUUUGUCGAAUAUCUUCGCAGUUAAAUAUUCAACGGUGUGCUACUAGUGUGACACAUACCAGCCCUUAUCUUUGGAGGAAAAACUCACUGCUUGUUACCCAGUGCGAGUACAGUCGUAACAUAUCUCUGGUUCAGUGGAGCGCCUUGCACACAAGUGUCCACAAAAGGGGCCUGGAUGAGUUCUUUGACUUCCCAGAGAACUGGGGAGAGAGCACUGUGAAAUCAGGUGCACCAUGGACUGGCAAACAACUGAGAACGAAGAGCAAUGAGGAUUUGCACAAACUCUGGUAUGUGCUACUGAAAGAAAGAAACAUGCUGCUCACUCUGGAGCAGGAAGCAAAAAGGCAAAGAGUUCAGAUGCCGAGCCCAGAGAGGCUACGCAAGGUUCAGCGAUCAAUGACUAGGCUGGACACGAUUGUGGCAGAGAGAGAGAAUUCGCUGCGUUUGCUCCAAACAGGCCAGGAGAAGGGAAGACCAGGGGCCUGGAGGAGGAACGUGUUUGGUUAUGCUUAUUGGUAUCGAUUCAAAGAGUAUGCCAUUCCCUGGUAUAUGAAUAAACACUACAAGCGAAAGAAGUUUUACACGCCCGCAUUUGUUGAACCGCACAUCAGGUUGCGCAUUGAGAAGUUCAUUCGGGCUAAAUACCGGAAAGCAAACAUGGAGAGGAAAAAGCUGGCUGUACUUAAAGAAAAGUUCCCCCAGAUGAAGGUUCCUGCUACAUAAAAACCUCAAUCAUGUUGUACUGAACAAGUCAUGGUCAUUGUAGAUGGGUUGAAUCUGUUGAGUGACCAUAAAGAUAUACAUUUACGUGAUUAUGUAUGAUAAACUUUACAUAAAAUCUUUUUUUUUUUUAAUGCAUUUCCAAGAGUAUUUCACAAUAAUGUGGAGCCAGUGAACAGUAAACAAAGAGUCCUUUCUCAAAUAUGACUUUAGGCUUUCCUUGAGAUUUGAAGAUUUGGUGCUUUAGUGUACUGGUCAACUGGUGGUCGAACAAAGUCAACACAACCAAUGUCACUAGACUACAUUAAACGCUGAGUGACUUGCUCUAAAUACUUUUCAGCAAUAAAAGAUGGAUGCGAAACUGGUCAA